CACUAGGACCUAGCAUCUACCUUCUACAUUCACCGCCUCCAGUUCCAUGUUACUUCCUGCUGCCCCGGGGAUCAUCACCCCCCGGUCAGGGACCAGCACUGCGGAGGAUCCCCGACCUCCUGCCGCCUCUACAUCUCCGUGAUCGGCCGCAGAGAGAGGAGCCGCUCCCCCGUCCUGUGCCCGGAGCUGCCGGUUAUGGGGCUCCCGUUCCCCUGUAAGCUCUUCGUCUAGGAUCCCCCCGACUGCAAUCCUCCUGCCCCCCGUUACCUCCAGCGGUCUGCAGGCUGUAGCCGUCCUCGCCAUUACCUCUGCCUCUCACUAGAUUUGCUCACAUUCAAGGACCACAAUCUCUCAUAGAAUUUUUUUUUUUACAUUUUUUAGCCUUUUUUUAUUUUUUUAUUUCUGCCAUGUAUUGGAGAAUCUGAGAGCCUUGUGCCCCCGGCAGAUCCCUCUCUCCUGAUUCUAGGAUCAUUUUCUCUAUUUAAAAAAAAAUAAUUAAAAAAACCCGUCCUCCUGGGGGAUAACCUGGAUUUUGUGGACCCCACGUUCAUGUCGUUAUCGGCGACUCAUUAGAUUGGAGAUUAAUUGCGCCCGAUGAUAAGCGGAUGACUGGUCCGCUGCUAACUGGGAGAUAAUGGAACUGGAAAAUAUCGUCGCCAAUACCGUGCUGCUCAAAGCCCGCGAAGGUGGAGGUGGCAAAAGGAAAGGGAGGAGUAAAAAAUGGAAGGAAAUCCUAAAGUUUCCACAUAUCAGCCAGUGUGAAGAACUCCGCAAGCAGCUGGAUCGGGAAUACACCAGCAUUUGUGAAAAGCAGCCAAUAGGACGCCUACUUUUUCGCCAGUUCUGUGAAACAAGGGAACAUCUUCUCAAGAUCAUCCUCUUCCUCGAUGCAGUGUUAAAUUAUGAAUUGUCAUCGGAUGAGAAGAGAAAAGAGACUGGAGAAGAGAUCAUUAAAAGGUUCUUUACCUCCAAGUCUCCCGAUUAUGUGCCAGAAAUCCCAGAUUCACAAAUGGAAGAAUGUAUAUUGAACUUUGAAAAGAACCCCAGCAAGGAGAUCUUCAUCAGUUGUAUUAGCUUGCUCCACGAGUUCCUGCGGGGCUCUCCUUUCAGAGAGUACCAGGAGAGUAUGUAUUUUGACCGCUUCCUGCAGUGGAAAAGCCUGGAAAGGCUAACCGUUACAAAGGAUACUUUCAGGCAGUACCGGGUGCUAGGAAAAGGAGGAUUCGGGGAGGUGUGCGCCUGCCAGGUCCGUGCCACCGGGAAGAUGUACGCGUGUAAAAAGCUGGAGAAGAAGAGGAUCAAGAAGAGGAAAGGGGAGUCCAUGGCUUUGAAUGAGAAGCAAAUCCUGGAAAAAGUGAACAGCCGCUUUGUGGUAAACCUGGCGUAUGCGUAUGAAACUAAAGACGCUUUAUGUCUGGUGCUCACCAUCAUGAAUGGCGGCGACCUCAAAUUCCACAUCUACAGCAUGGGCAACCCCGGCUUUGAGGAAGAACGCGCGGUCUUCUAUGCUGCUGAGAUCUGUUGUGGACUAGAACACCUGCACCAGGAGGGCAUAGUGUACAGGGAUUUGAAACCAGAAAACAUUCUCUUAGAUGACGAUGGUCACAUCCGAAUCUCAGAUUUGGGGUUGGCUAUCAAAAUUCCAGAUGGUGAAAGCAUCCGAGGAAGAGUAGGAACUGUGGGUUACAUGGCUCCGGAAGUCAUUAAGAAUGAGAGAUAUACAUUUAGUCCCGAUUGGUGGGGGCUGGGCUGCAUCAUAUACGAGAUGAUCGAGGGACAGUCCCCGUUCCGUGCCCGGAAGGAACGAGUCAAAAGGGAAGAGGUGGAAAAACGCGUUCAAGAAGAACAAGAGUCGUAUUCUGAGAAGUUCACAGAAGACGCAAAGUCUAUAUGUAGGAUGCUAUUAGCCAAAGACCCAAAACAGCGGCUAGGGGGCAAUGAGCAGGGCGGCAGCCAAGUAAAGCAGCAUCCAUUUCUCAGGAACAUCAACUUCAAGAGGCUGGAAGCUGGAGUGAUGAAGCCGUCCUUUGUGCCAGAUCCGCGGGCAGUGUAUUGUAAGGAUGUGCUGGACAUUGAGCAGUUUUCAACGGUUAAAGGGGUCAACUUGGAUAAAACAGACAAUGAUUUCUAUGCCAAGUUUGCCAAUGGAUGUGUGCCAAUCCCCUGGCAGAAUGAGAUGAUUGAGACGGAAUGCUUUAAGGACCUCAACCUCUUUGGACCAAAUGGGACGCGCUCCCCAGAUCUUGACUGGAGGCUGCUUCCCGAACCGCCAAAACGUAGCCUGCUCCAAAGGAUCUUCCGAAGAAACCAGGCUGACUAUGGUAUCGCUCCGAAUGACUCCUCCCUCUCAAACGCCAACACCACAAACCACCACUUCCAGAGCAGGACGGCAAUGGCCAACGUGUCCUCUUGACGGAAUAUCUCUGAAGCGCCCCCUGCUGUUUUUUUUUUUUAUCAAGAAGCCAUCCAACAAGCCUCUUUCCUCCGUCCAAUCCGUUUUCUCAGGUUUAGCCUUGGACUCUGUGCAAAACUUUUUACAGAAAAAAAAAAAAAUUAAAAAAUAAAAAUAUAUAUAUAAAUAUAAAAAUAUAUAUUUUAGGUCUUUAAGGCCAAACAGACUCAUGGGAAAUGUCUACUACUGCUUCCGGCAGUGUCGAUAUCUCAGACUCUGGUUUUCUUUUCCAUUCUCGGCAGAUCGCUGCUGAUGAACUGUUUUAUGCUAAGCUCAUGGAGGUAUACAAGCUGUGUUUUUUUUCUUUGUUCUUGUUUUAUUAUGUUUUUUUAUGUUCUGUAUCAUUUUUUUUUUUAUUGACUUGGUAAUGCAUUGUAUAGGAAAACGGGAUGAGUGGGAAGCCAUUUUGUUUCAUCCUGCCGUAUAUAUAUCGUCCCAACAGGAACCGUGUGCUGAGACUAUGAGCUAUUUUCCUAUUCUUAUGUAACAUGUAUACUUUUCAGUUGCCUCGUUGCCAGUGUUUCAUAUUGGUCACAUUGUGAACCUGUCUCCUACCCACAGCGGAGGUGGCUUUUUUCUUAGACAAAAAAAAUAACGAGAAAACUGUGUAAUUUGGUCUCCUGCCCCCACACCCCCACCUCCAGUGCUUGUGCAUGUGAAGCAACAACUGGAAGAAAGGGGACGGGGCCUAGGCUGCUUGAACUUACAUACAGCCCUGUAGACCAGGCAAGGAAAAUCCUACCUCCAAGCCAAUGCUGAAAGGGGUUAGGAAAUCUGGUCUUCAGUCUCAUCUGCCAUAGUCUGUCCCUUUAAAUUGUAGACACUUAGAUGUUUCUUGUGGUCGUUUCGCCGCCAACCAUCCGGCUGCCCCCACUGUGCGCAUGUGACAGGUGACCAAUAGCUGGACGUACAGGAUAUAUUGGAAACCAUUUUGUUUUAUUCUACUGUUAUUCUGACAGACUGGAAAUAAGAAAUGUUAUUCUAUAACUUCAGGAUC